ACCAUCAUUACCAUAUGGGUAUGUUGUCAUGGCUGGUGCACAACAGAUUAUAGUAAAUCAAGUGAAUGUGUCUGACUACCUUAUAUGGUCAAUUUUGAAUUCAUUAUUCUGUUUAUGGCCAGUUGGCAUACUUGCAACAGUUAUGUCGGUUAUAACAAAAAAAAAGAAGGCUAAUUGUGAUCUUGAAGGUGCUCGAAAGUUUUCAAUAUUGGCUGGAGUAUUCAAUAUACUCAGUACUCUGGGCGAAUUUUUAUCAUUAUGGGAUAAUGAUGCUGAAAUUGAUUCAUUCAAUAUUUAUUUUCAAGUCAUGGUGCAGUUUUAA